GGCUGGGUAACAAUGACACACAGGCUGCAUAUACAUUCCCCCCCAAAAAUAAUUAUGGGCACUGUAGUUUGUUAAGCAAUGCUAGGAAUUGUAACUCAAUAAGUGGUGAGCUACAUUGCCCAGAACCUUUGAGGGCGGAAAAGUGCUUCAAAUGUGUUUUAAAGAUAUCUGUACGCAGUCACAGUCCAAAAUAAUAUUAAUAUUAACAAAAGCAAGUAUUACCCCUAUGGAGGUUAUCCAGAAGGUACGUCUCUCUUUUGUACUGUUCACACAUUUCAGAACAGGAGUGCAUAUUGCUGACUCCCAUGCACCUUCACAGAGGUUCACAUUCAGUAAAGGCACACAGGGAUAUCAAAGUUUCUGCUGGUUUUGCCUUCUACAAUACAAAUAGUCUUUAGUGGACAGGGGCACCUUGGAGAGGGAAUGAGCAGGACCAGCUGCUAUAUUGUUCAAAGAAACAGUUCAGGAUGGGGAAAGUGUUCCACUUUAAGGACUAUCCAGAAAUGUUCCUUCUUCAUUUGAAUUCUUCUAUCGCAGCCACUCUGCACAUUGAGAAGGACUAUUUGGCAGAAUCUCCCCUGGACUGUUCCAUGUUUUGCACAGUCUUCACAGUGAUCUACACUGAAGUUAAGUAGUGUUAAAGAAUAAAAUGUAUUUGUUAAACUGUGAAUAUACUAUUUAUGUCGCCAAGAUCCAAAAAUGAAAUGUCAGGCUUAAGGUCAAAACAACCACUGGAAUUACAUAAUUCUACACAGUGCUUUUUUUCUGGGAGCACUCAAGGAUAGGCAGUACCGGCACCCUCCCAAGUGUUAAAAGUGUGCACUUACUGAAUAACGCAGAUGGAGACGCUUUCCAGUUCAUCAAAAUCAGCUUGUGAGAUACUACUCAGAUUAGACUUCUGAUUUUUGCUGCAUUCUACAAAAAAUGAAAAGGGCCCAAUAGUCCUCCAGUGGCCUCAGGUAGGUAUCUUCUAGCAGCCUGACUAUGCCCCCACCCUCCUAUCUCCAUUGGUAUUACUUUCCCCUGGAGGACUUUUUUAUUAACUGCUUUCAACCUAGUGUUCAUUUUAUUGAGCUGCCCCUCCAUAGGCAUCAUCAAUUCUUUCUGUGUUUCCAUCACUCCGGAGCACAUUGAUCUGUCAGGACCUCUGAAUAUAUAAACCCUUAAACCAGGCAUUCCCAACCUUUGGCCCUCCAGAUGUUUUGGACUACAAUUCCCAUCAUCCCUGACCACUGGUCCUGUUAGCUAGGGAUCAUGGGAGUUGUAGGCCAAAACAUCUGGAGGGCCACAGGUUGGGGAUGCCUGCCUUAAACAGUCCAGGAUCACAAUACCUCAAUGACUGUCUCUCCUCAUAUAGAAACACCCAGACCCUGCAAUCCUCAUUUGAAGCCCUUCUUUGUGUGUAAUAUGAGGUUGAAUGCAGGUGUAAUGCAGGGAUGACUCAAUUAAUUAUGACCAACAAAUGAGAAGUAGCUGAACUUCUGCUCACUCUAUUCCACAUAGCUUUUGCUAGCCUUACUCGGUGUGGAGGUGGAAAUGUAAUGACAAAAGUUCCAAAGAUGCAGCUGAGUGUUUUGUUCCCAUCAUUUGUGGGUAACUGUUAAGCUGAACAUUUGGUUUCAGUUUUCAACACUGGGCUAUGUCUAAUAUUUAUUUAAAAUAUCACAACAAAGAAGGGGACACCUAGAAAUAUGAUACAUGUCUUGAGUUCCGGUUACCGGCUAUUUUAAAAUAUUUAUUUUAAAAGUUAAGGGUAUGGGAGAAGUGAUUGAAUGAAAGAGGAUCACUUCUCACUAAGGAGGAGUGCACCUGCAUAUUGUUUUUUUGGAUAACACUCAAGAGAUAACAGUGGUUUCGAUUCAUGCACCUAAUGUGGAACAAUUGUUUUUCCUGUGGAACGUUUUAAAAAAACCCAACAACAACAAAUCUUUGCUAAAGGGGAUAUAAUUACAGGGGAGUUUCAUCUAAAGACUUCAUUCCAUAGCCAUACUCAACAGAAGAAGAAAACAGAUGAGAGUAGAAAACAGAUGGAUGCGUCAUUCUAUGGAAUAUUGAUAGGGUGAAAUUGGUACAAAUCAGAAAUCAAUACCCCACAACAGAAAUGUACAGUACUUGUGGACAAUCGAGAAGCUGCGUAUUACAAUUUCCAAUUCUAUGCAACUCUAUGUCCUUUACAUUUUUUUAUCUUAAUAUCUAGGAAUAGGAGAUGAAUAAAAUAAUAAUAGUUGGGGGGGGAGCAGCAGCAAAAUAGUUAUCACAGAGUUUACCACAAUAAUAAUCAAAUCUUAUAAAAUAAAUAUGGGGAAAUUAUAUAUAAUCACAGCGAAAGUGACAUGCUGCCAACAUAUAACUGUGUCGCUUUAAAAUUAAAAUUGCUACAUCAACCAGCAUCUUUUAGCCUUUUGUGUGCAUUUGGCUGUGUUAAAUGAGGUUUUGUAUUUCACUGUGGGUUUUGGCAAGGCUUCAUAUGUUUGGACUUAAGUCAACACUGGUUCCAGCUGAACAGCUCCUGUCAUUAACUUUGCUUUCAGAGGUUCAGGACACACUGGAUGUAUUUGAAGCAAAGUUGAUAUUUCAGUUGAUUGAAAUCAGCAGCUCUGCACCAGGUACUGAAGGGAAUCCAAGCAAUGCAAGAAAGCCAUUGCCUGGCUCGUGAGUGACUAUUUCAGAUGUUACCAACACCCUUUGCCUUUUGGCAAGCACAAUGAAGGAAAUGGUCUGCUUUUGCCUGAUUUUGUCUUUCUUAUGGGAACAGAUGGUGAAGGCUUAUAAAUAUAUGGGUGGUAUUUUCUUAGUGACUCAUCUAUCAAAGCAACGAGCCUCAGACUGUUCCGGGCAGCCAACCAAGAUGGACGUAAGCAUGCUUGAAGAGCAAUACGACAGUCUAAAACAGAAGCAAAAACUGCAGACACACAUUAUUGUGUUUAAAACAGGUAAGUUUUAGACUUGGCUAAAACUUUAAAAACAAGGGGUCCACAAAAAGCCUUGAAAAUGUUCAUUGAUUUUUACAAUUGCACUAAGCUUAUGCUCACAUUUGAAAAGUUAAGUACAAUGUCUUCAUAAGAAAUAGAUCCGAGGUACCUUACAGAGUAACAGAUGUAUUGUGGCAUACGCUAUGCAGUCUGCUAAUCUUUAAGGUGCCAUAAGACUCUUACUGUGUUUGCUGUAACAGAUGGACAGCCCAGUCCUAUGCAUGUUUACUCAGAAGCAAGCCCCACAUUGUUAAAUGAGACUUGCUUCCUGGUAAGCUUGCCGAGUUUACAGCCUUAUUCAUCUACUCCCUAUGGGAAUUGUUUUCACAUUGUUAUGCACAGUCAUAAUAGUUAGCAAAGCCAAAUGUUAACACUUCUUUCAUGUUUGUGGGGGGAAGAAUAUCUUUUAGAUAAAUGUGCUCUGUACUAUACUUAUUAAAUGUGGGUCUUGUCAUAGCACAAAUUUCAGCUUCAGUCCACAAAGAAAGCCACAGCUGGGUAUUAUCUUUACUAGAAUCAGCUAAAAUGCUAGAAAAUAGUGAGCAAACUUUUAUGCUCUCCAGAACUCUUGUUCAGGUAGGAUGUUUAGCAAAAAACGACAAAAGAGGAAAAGGGGCGAGGUGGUGGGGGGAAGCUGAACAUGAUGAAAAAGCCCCACUCUGAAACUGGUAAGUAAAUUAGUCUUAAGAGCAAAAUACAUUUCAGGUUGUACCAAGAGUUAUUGGGACAAAGAACCACCAAUGGCUGUUCCCCCAGUUUCAUUAAACUAUAGAAGGAAUUGUUACUCUGAUAUGUCUCUAGUACUCAACGUAAGAGAUAAUCUCACUGAUACAGCAGAAGUGACUAACCUCUCCGGAUUAGAGCUGUUUUGUAUAGAGAAUUGUUGCGUUAGUCCCAGAAAGUGAGAUAAGCAAUGUAAGUAAUUUCUUACGUUUUGUUAAAUUAACUGAACCAGGUAAAAUGAUGGCCAAAAAGAGAUGCUGAUGUGGAAAAAAGUUUGGUAAGGAGAAUUUGAAACACAACUUAAGGGUAAGCUCUUUUCAGGCUUACCUCCAAAGAAACAUGGAAAAUGGGAUCGAACUUAUUUUCGACCAACCGUGUUUGAUCCAGUACAAAAUCACUACGGGUUGUCUUGGGCAAGAUAAAGUGACUAACAAAUUUAAUUAAUAAAAAAUUAGUUUGCUUGCAUGAUGUUUCUUAGAACAAAAUGUUAAUUAUGUCAGAUAGCAUUUACAUAGAUGCUAUCCAUUGCUAUCUACACAACACACAAUACAACAGUAUGUAACCAUUUUAGGUUGCAAUCCAGUGCAUACGUUUUUGAGAGUUAGUCCUCUUAACGCAACAGGAACUUCUGAGUAAACAUGCGUAGGGAGCAUAUAAUUACUUUAAGAACCUAGCAGCCUGUUAAAAUUCACCUUGAAGUUUUACUGAAUGUUACUGUGAAAGGCAAUCAUGUGAAAACAGUACACGUAGCUUUGCCAGGUCCUAGGUGGUAAUAUGUAACUAGGAGAAAACAUGUUGCUCUGGAUUACUGGUUAUCAAAUUAUGUCACCGUGAACCUUCCUAACCAAUUUGUUCAGGCCUCCUAGAAUAUAAUGUUGGACAAUUCCUUAGCCUAAGGAAAAGCAGAUCAAAGGAGAGAACUCUACAGUAUAAUGUAAACAUGCAGGUGAAAACUAGUUGCUUGGCAGGGAAUGGGAAAUGAUGAGAAGCUAAUCUGUGAGAUUCUAACAUUUCUGAAAGAAUUUAACGGGUAGAGGAGUGGCAAUGGUGGCAACACAGAAAGGCAGGUCUUCACCAGCCAUAUUACCAACUGACUUGCAGACCACUCGGCUAUCUAUAGUGCCUUGCCAGGUUGUCGUUGCAACUGCAUCAGAAAAGUAGCAAAAUAAGUUUUUAAUAGGAGGAUAACAGGAAACACUGGAAUGCAUAGUUUUGCAUUGCAAUCAUCUGGAUUAUAUAGGAAGGCCUGAAUGAACCUAUCUGUCAGUUGCAGAAAAAAACAGCUAGUGUGUGGAAGCACCCUCAGAAUGACAAAAUUUGGGAAUUCCUCUUUAUUCGCAGGUGUAUCAAUCCCUCAAUGAAAAGCAUAAGACGUAUUAAAUCAGUGUGCCCAUUCAUCUUCUCCUUCUUUCUUUUUUUAAAGCCGGUAAUUUAUUUUUCCAGCUUCUUCCUAUUCCCCAACAUGUCCCUAUCAGGGAAAAAGGUCAGAAAAUCUGUAUUUUGAUCAGGGUUCUCAUCAAAGGCAAAGGGGAGGACCUUGCAAAAAACAAACCAAACCAAACAUUUUGUUGCACUGAGAAGAUGGUGCUCCACUCACAUUUUUGAAAGUGUAACAAUAGCCUAUUUGGGUACAAUGUGGUUAUUGUAUGCUGUGGUAGUUCCCCACCUGCCAAUAGGAUGAUGCGUUCACUCCCUUUGGAAUUGGUCCCAGAAAAUAAGAUAGGCUUACCAAAAUGUUCAGAUUUAUGUUGGCAAAAGAUUGUGAAAAGGGUUUUUAAAAAAAAUAAAAAGAAGCACAAAAGCAGAAUAAUUGACUUGAGGCAUUUUUAUGUGGGAACAAUGUUUCUACUUGAGAAUUUAGCAAUAAUAAAAAUUUCAAGGUAAAUAGUUUUUGUGUGUAUGCACCUUUCCUGCCCUUCCCUCUCCACCAAGAUGUGAAAGUGGCAAAAUUAGUCAUAACACAAGAUCACUGUAAACAGGAGGCAGCAAUCUGAUACCUCCUAUGGUGCCUGUGAAAGACCUCAAUAAAUGUACCUCAAAAAUCCACACUGCACAAGAUAGUAUUUACUCUCUCUACCCAGUUGUUGGUUGCACUGAUUCCUAUAGUGCACAUAGAAUCAUAGAGUUGGAAGAGACCACAAGGGCCAUCGAGUCCAACCCCCUGCCAAGCAGGAAACACCAUCAGAGCACUCCUGACAUAUGGUUGUCAAGCCUCUGCUUAAAGACCUCCAAAGAAGGAGACUCCACCACACUCCUUGGCAGCAAAUUCCACUGUCGAACAGCUCUUACUGUCAGGAAGUUCUUCCUAAUGUUUAGGUGGAAUCUUCUUUCUUGUAGUUUGGAUCCAUUGCUCCGUGUCCGCUUCUCUGGAGCAGCAGAAAACAACCUUUCUCCCUCCUCUAUGUGACAUCCUUUUAUAUAUUUGAACAUGGCUAUCAUAUCACCCCUUAACCUCCUCUUCUCCAGGCUAAACGUGCCCAGCUCCCUUAGCCGUUCCUCAUAAGGCAUCGUUUCCAGGCCUUUGACCAUUUUGGUUGCCCUCCUCUGGACACGUUCCAGUUUGUCAGUGUCCUUCUUGAACUGUGGUGCCCAGAACUGGACACAGUACUCCAGGUGAGGUCUGACCAGAGCAGAAUACAGUGGCACUAUUAACUUCCCUUGAUCUAGAUGCUAUACUCCUAUUGAUGCAGCCCAGAAUUGCAUUGGCUUUUUUAGCUGCCGCGACACACUGUUGGCUCAUGUCAAGUUUGUGGUCAACCAAGACUCCUAGAUCCUUUUCACAUGUACUGCUCUCAAGCCAGGUGUCACCCAUCUUGUAUUUGUGCCUCUCAUUUUUUAUUGCCCAAGUGCAAUACUUUACAUUUCUCCCUGUUAAAAUUCAUCUUGUUUGUUUUGGCCCAGUUCUCUAAUCUGUCAAGGUCGUUUUGAAGUGUGAUCCUGUCCUCUGGGGUGUUAGCCACCCCUCCCAGUUUGGUGUCAUCUGCAAAUUUGAUCAGGAUACCCUUGAGUCCACCAUCCAAGUCGUUGAUAAAGAUGUUGAAUAAGACCCGGCCCAAGACAGAACCCUGUGGCACCCCACUAGUCACUCUUCUCCAGGAUGAAGAGGAACCAUUGAUGAGCACCCUUUGGGUUUGGUCAGUCAGCCAGUUACAAAUCCACUGAGUGGUAGCAUAGUCAAGACCGCAUUUUACCAGCUUCUUUACAAGAAUAUCAUGGGGCACCUUGUCAAAUGCCUUGCUGAAAGCAAGGUAGGCUACAUCCACUGCGUUCCCUUCAUCUACCAGGCUUGUAAUUCUGUCAUGUAUCCUUAAAAAUCACCAUACUGUAUUCCAUUGGAUACCAGGAUUGGACAUCUGUCCUCCCAUCUGUUCAGAACAGAGAAGUCUCUCCUUCUAGAUAUGGCAGCCAUUUUGUGUUAUGCCAUGUCACCGUGGCAGCCAUUUUGUGGCAUGCACACCAGACCCCCAAAGUUGGUGAAUCCUGCUAUAAAACUUACUGUAGUUAAUUGUUUUGCCAAAAAAAAAGUUGUUUGUCCAAUUAAAAUGGCAAUAAUUUUCUGGACUAUUCUCCUUGCCACUACACAAAUUUUCUAUGGCAACCUUGAUAACUCGCCUUGUUUCCACUCACUACUUAAGAGUUCUGGGAGGAAAUAUGAAUACAUAUUGUUUGACCUAGAUAAGGGGUGGGUCCAGAGGUCCAGCAGGCCAGAUAUCUAUCUACCCCCUUACACCAUAGGCCACCUUUGAGAGGUGAGGGUUUCUGAUGGCACGAUGACAUCAAAGUUGACUCAUGUGAGUGGAAUUUAUUUUACCAGGAGGUUCCUUGCAGGAAGGGACACGUGUGGCACUGUGGUGUAAACUACUGAGCCUUGGGCUUGCUGAUCGGAAGGUCGGUGGAUCGAAUCCCUGUGAGCUCCCGUUGUUUGGUCCCACCUCCUGCCAACCUAGCAGUUCGAAAGCACAUCAGUGUGCAAGUAGAUAAAUAGGUACCGCUCUGGUGGGAAGGUAAACAGUGUUUCUGUGCACUGCUCUGGUUUCACCACAUGACUCAGAAAAACUGUCUGCAGACAAACGUCGGCUACCUCAGCCAGUAAAGCGAGAUGACCACCGCAACCCCAGAGUCGUUUGCAACUGGACUUAACUGUCAGGGGUCCUUUACCUUUAUCUUCUUGCAGGAAACAGGCUGGUAAAGGAGCAUGCAGCAGCUCUAUUUGAAUGGCAAUGUCCAUCAAUGAGAGGGACUAAAAUGGUGGGGGGGAAGGACCUCGAUCCCUAGGUGUUGGCUCCUGUGUCUAUUGAUGAGGGCUCUAGUUUUCUACUUACCAGUUGAUGAGUAAGAGUCAAAUCCUGCUGCUUCAACGGCACACCAGUUCCCCAUGGGGAACUGAUGGGCACAGCAACACAGAAGUGAAUUCCACCCCAGCCUAUUGGCCGGAAUCACCCAGUGACUCUGGCUGAAUGAGAGGCAGAUGUGGUUUGGGGAAAUGGCUUUGCAGGCCAGCAUUGGCCCACACAAGCAGGAGGUUCUUCACAUCUGACCUAAAGAGAAAACUAGCUAGCGGGACCUAACUUGCCCAAUCUUGCAUUUAUUUUCUACAUGUGAUUCAUUUGUGAUUAGAUUAUGGUAAGGCAGCCAAUCUUUCUGGGAUGUGUUAAGAUCGUUUAUCAGAUUGCAACAACAGAUUUUUGUGGUUGCUGAUCUGGAGUGAGGGGGAGUCUCUUGCUCCUUUCUACCUAUAUUUGCAACAGCCCCAAAUGUGAACAAUCCCAUCAAGCUUGUACUACUUUGCCACGUGUAAUAUGCAAACAUAUAUUUUCUUCACAGGUGAGAAUGAGACAGUCCCAGGGGAAUCGAUGGUCAGCGCUGUUUUAAUUAACAAGAAAAUGAGGAAAGCAAAAGCAUUUAAAGAGUGUGCUCCUGUCAAAGAGGUUAGCCUUGAAUUGCCCUGCAGUGAAAAUAUACAAGACAGUUCACCUUGGCGGAUACAUCUAGAGAUCCACCGCCUUGCACAUGGAGAACACCAGGAAGUUCCUUUGGGUGCUGUCCAAAAAAACAAUGAACAGGUUAGCGCUGACAGUGAAAUACUGUCUCUUAAGGAGAGAGUGAUGACAAGUGAAGAAUUAUUAAAAGGAAGUGAACAAUCUGCUGGAAUACUCAGCGAACAGGAAAAUUCGAGCCCUGCUGAAACGACAGACAGUUCUUAUUCACAUUUGACCUCAGUUACUUCACCCGCUUGGACACACGCUCAAAUUUCAGUCUCAAAAUUGGCACCGACAUCUAAUAAGCUACCCUAUUACCCUUUCCCUCAGAAGAAAACUCACAAGAUCUCUGAAGCUGCAAGAAGACUUGGAUUGUAUGUUUCACAGUGAGAGCAUCUCAUUAAGGAAGGAAGCCAAGUCUUGCUACGCACAGUCCCCUACACAGAAGCAGCUGCAUGUUCCUUUUGGUCACAUGUGCAACUGUGAUCGGAUUCCAACACCUGUGGUUACAGGAAUUGCUGUGGCUGUAGCCAUGUAUAUCCCAGCUUACACAAGUGUUACCCUGAGUGGGAAAGGAAAAACUGCUCAAAUAUAGGGGUGGGACAGCUCAAGCUAUUUUAAACGUUUGGCUAAAAGAUUCUUUUGCCACCAUCUCCUGUGCCAAGGGGCUUGUUCACAUUUGGGCAUUCUUUAGUUGUUUAUCCACUCCCCGCACCUUUUGAAUUAGAUCAGAGUUGUCCACACAUGCACAUAUUUGAAUUUGUAUCCAAACAGCAACUUUGGUCUUCUCAGGGGGUUUUGAAUUCAUCCUAACGUCUCUGUUCUAAAUAAAAGGGACUUUCACUCAACUCACUUCUGUGGAAUGAGAGAAAUGAAGGCUGUAACCCAGGAAACGGCAGGACACAAUAUCUACCAACCUCAGAUCUUAGACUGGAGAUGUUGAAAUUCUCCUGCCUCUAUCAGCCUCCACAAUGUAUAAUGCUAACCCAUGAUUUGUUUUAAAAAACCAAGACUUUCCCCACAGACGGUCAAACAAACACGGCUUGUUUCUCCAAAGCUUGGUUCAUUUUCCAGCUGCUCUUGCCUCGUGCCCUUCCAUGGGUUCAAAUAUGACACUAUAGUUAAAGCAAGCCAAGGUUUGCCAGCCAACAACAAAGCACAACAGGAGACUGUGGUUUGCUGGCAAGAAACAAAAGUUAAACCAAUGGACAGAGUUCAGGCAAUCAAACAAUGGUCUCUGCUUAUUGGAUUCAGCUGGCCCUGCAAUGGGGGAGUUAACUGUGAACACUUUCUAAUAUUUUACCAAAUACCUUUGAUGUGCUUGUUAAGGAAUGAUUGCUUAAAACCUGUUUUGGACUACUCAGUGUUCAGACUUAUAUGAAAAUGCAUUUUGAAGGUUCAUUGUGUAGAAAAUCUUUUAGCCCCGCAAUGGUUCAUAAGUUCACGUGCCUUUACUAUAAUAUAAUAAUGAAAAAGCAGCAGAACAAUAAUGCGGAUUUGGCUCCUGUUAGAAAAAUAAUGAUUGACUAGCUGCACCUUUGGUUUGAUCAGGUUGAAGGGUUCUUAUUAUGUCUUUGUUAAUCUGUGAUCCCUGGACCAUGUAAACAAGCCCACAGUGGUUCUCUAAAUGCCCUGCUAAUUUUGUUCAGGUGUAGAUGUAACUAUGAAAUGCAUUUUUAUAAAGUGGUGAUAAUGAUACUAUUUCUAGAAAUGUUUUAUUUUCAUGAACUGGAAUUCAGUAUUAAUAAGAAUGAUUGACAUAUACUGCUUUGUUAAUUCUUUAUUGAAACAAAUGAUUCCCACCCCCCUGCACUUUCUAAAAUCUGGAGUUGAUCCUCUUUUUUUCCUGCCCUCUCAAGAUUAAAUAUAGUUGAUAUGUAAAUAUAUACAUUUCCUAUUUUCCCCACUUCAUUUUCUCAGCUGCAUGUCAGAAAGCACAUAUGCUUUUCCGCAUCACUGAAAUAAAUUAAUGACUUGUAAUAUGAUUUUUCAAUUCAUGGAAAUGUUAUUUUGUAAGAAAUAUAAAUUGGAAGCACAGUUCUACUUUGCAUCCAG